AUGGGGUUAAAACGUGAUCCCAUGGAGAUCCUGCUCCAGCAGGGCAGGAAACUCUCGGAUAACAGGGGGCAGGAAACUCUCGGAUACGAGAGAAAGGGGGAGCAAAAAUGGGGCAUGGGCAGCAGAGCAGGGGGUGGGAGAAAUGGGAUGAAACCUGGGCAGGCAACGAGGAGCCGGAGGCGCCAGUGGGAGGAAUGCCCUGGGCCCCCCAACUGUGCCGGGGGACCCCCUGAGCCCUGCACCCCAGCCCCCUGCGAGCGGCUCCUGGCGCGUCCCAGGGGCUCCCCACGCCCCCCUGACCUGGAUCCAUCCCUUUCUCUGCAGCGGGGGCCGCCAGGAGAGCCCGGCCCUCGAGGGCCCCCCGGUCCCCCCGGAGUGCCUGGAGCUGAUGGCAUCGAUGGUGACAAAGGCCCCGCUGGAGCCCCCGGUACCCCGGGUGUCAAGGGCGAGCCUGGAGCCCCUGGUCUGGAUGGGCCCCCGGGGAAGCCGGGCAUUGAUGGCCUGACGGGAGCCAAAGGGGAGCCAGGAGCCAUUGGCAGGCCAGGAGUUAAAGGCCAGCCCGGACUCCCAGGGCCACCAGGGCUCCCCGGUCCUUCCCUGCCAGGACCUCCUGGUGACCCCGGACCCGAUGGCCCCCGGGGUCCCCCAGGCCCUCCAGGGAAACCUGGCCUCCCGGGACACCUCCAGGGCGUGGAGGGCAGCGCUGAUUUCCUGUGCCCCACCAGCUGCCCCCCAGGUCCCAAGGGCCCCCAGGGACUGCAGGGACUGAAGGGGCACAGGGGCCGCCCCGGCGCCCUCGGAGAGCCGGGCAAGCAGGGAGAGCAGGGCCCCAAGGGGGACGUUGGUGCCUCUGGAGAACAAGGAGUCCCAGGCCCUCCGGGACCUCAGGGGCUCAGGGGCUAUCCUGGCAUGGCAGGACCCAAGGGUGAGACGGGUCCUGCUGGCUACAAGGGCAUGGUCGGGAGCGUCGGCGCGGCCGGGCGGCCGGGCAGGGAAGGCCCCAAGGGACCACCUGGGGACCCUGGUGACAAGGGAGAGCUGGGUAGCCGUGGCAUCAGGGGACCCCAGGGUGACGUCGGCCCCAAGGGGGAGAAUGGUCUCCCGGGCAUCGAUGGCAAGGAUGGCACCCCCGGGAUCCCAGGAGUGAAGGGUGGCACAGGACAGGCCGGACGCCCGGGAACGCCAGGACACCGGGGACAAGCUGGAUUGCCCGGCCAGCCGGGAAGCAAAGGUGGCCCAGGUGACAAGGGUGAACCGGGUCCUCGGGGCCACCCCGGUGUCACCGGUGCCCCAGGGCAGCUGGGCGAGCCCGGGCCUCGGGGUGAGCAGGGCCCGCAGGGUGUCCCGGGGCCGAAGGGUGACAGGGGCGAGCGUGGCCUCGUGGGUCCCCCCGGCGAGCAGGGCAGAGCGGGGCCAAAGGGUGAGCAGGGCCCACCGGGGAUCCCAGGACCCCAAGGCUUGCCUGGAGUCAAAGGAGACAAGGGCUCUCCAGGCAAAACCGGCCCCAAAGGCAGCGUUGGAGAUCCCGGUGUCCACGGCCUGGCAGGGCUCAAGGGAGAGAAGGGGGAGUCAGGAGAGCCAGGACCCAAGGGACAGCAGGGUCCCCACGGCCCCAUGGGACCCCGAGGUGUCCCCGGAAUCCUGGGAGCCGCCGGGCAGAUCGGGAAUGUCGGACCCAAAGGGAAGAGAGGAGAGAAGGGCGAGCGGGGAGAAGUUGGCCGUGGCCACCCGGGAAUGCCGGGUCCUCCAGGGAUCCCAGGUGAGACCAGGUGUCCCCAAGUGGCUUUUGUCACCUUGGGGUGGUGAGGCCAAGGUGGCUGGGGACCUUCUGAUCCAUCCCACAAAACCUGCGUGGGUUCAUCCCACAAAACCUGAACAGUCUCAUCCCACAAACCCACCCAUG